ACUCACAAACGAGUCAACGACAUCGCAAAAUCGGUUCACACAAACAAUGGGUUCUCGCUACGAGGUGGAACUCAAACUCGCAUCGGCUCGCGGCAUGAAAAACGUGAACUGGCGCCACGGCGCCAAUCGCCCAUACGUCGUCGUUUGGGUCGACGCAAGCAACAAGCUUUCCACGCGCGUCGACGAAAACGGCGACACCGACGCCGAUUGGGACCAAACGCUUACAAUUCCGCUUCCACCCAAGCCCCUGGAGGAUCAAACGCUCUACAUCGACGUCGUCCACGCCGGCUCAGAGGAAGACACCAAGCCGUUGAUCGGCUCGGCUCGGCUCAAGCUCGCCGAGGUUCUCGACGAGGGGAUCGGCUCACGCGUGAGCCGAUCCCUUACCCUGAAGCGUCCCUCGGGGAGGCCACAGGGAAAGGUUGAGGUUAGCGUGACGAUCAGACAGCCGAGCUAUCAUGCGCCGGGUGGCUACCCUGCGCCUGGGUACGGCGUGAGGGAUUAUUCCCCUGCGCCGCAGGGCUAUGGGUACCAGUACGGUGCACCGCAGCAGGGAGCGUAUUAUUCUGCGGCUCCGCCUGCAGGGUAUCCUCAGCAGGGAGGCUACCCUUAUAAUGCGGCUCCUCAAACGGCGUCGUAUGGGCAAGGGAGCGCGUACGGGUACGCGCCUGAGGAGAAGAAGAAGAGUAAGUUUGGGGGAAUGGGGACGGGAUUGGCUGUGGGCGCGGUUGCUGGGGUUCUAGGUGGAAUUGCAUUGGUGGAGGGUGCGGAGUACAUCGAGGACAAGAUUGCUGAUGACGUGGCGGAGAGGGUUGAGGAUGAUCUUGGUUACGAUGACUUUUAGAGGGUGAUGUUUUGAGAAGGAAAAAAAAAAAGCGAAAAAUAAAAUUGAAUGAAGAAAAAAAAAAGUAAUAAUACCAGUUGCUUUUCAGGUUUUUUUAUUUUUAUUUUAUUUUUCUGUAUUUUAAUUUUUUUUUGCCGUUUUCGAGUUUUAUUAAUGAGACAUCAUGAAUGAUUUUAGCUCA